AUGGCACCACUGGUAAUGCCACCGGCAAAAAAAGCUACAGGACCUAUCGUCAAUAGAGCUCUUAGUGAUUUAAGCAGUCUUAGGGUGAAUAAGCUAUUCGGGAAUGGCAUUCAAACUGAUGGGUGUUUGAUACCUCACAAUCGACUAGGUAUGAUGUCACAAUACCGAGAUUACCCUACAGAUCUUCAAAUGGCCUUACAAAAAGGGGCCAAUUGAAGAUCCAACAAACAAGAACACAGGGUAGUUUCCUCGAUACUCUAUCGGCAAGUGUUGGUUAUACUCUUUUGCUUAAUGCUUUCAUAGGAAAGAGUUACAGGUUGAUCCUCAUAGAUUAAAAAGAUCGCUUCCUGUGCAUGUAACAAGACAAUCAAGCAUGAAUUCUAAUAAAAAAGAUGAUGGUUUGAUAGGACCUAAAAUGUGGCAACCGCCGCCAUUCCUCGAUAGUUGGAAUGAUCCAAUUGAUAUGGGUGUGGAAAAAAAAAGACCAAAACAAAAAGAUAGACGGGCAAGGGAUUGUUGAUAGGAAAAGACUAGGAGAAGUUAAAGGUAUUUCGCUUCUUAGACCGUUGUCUAGUUUUGAUUAGUUGGCUUGGAUCAAAAAACUGGGAAUAAGGAAUUUCAGAGGAGUAUAUAGCAGAGACAAUUUACCUGCAAAGAUUGCCAGAAAAGAGCGUAGGAUCAUCAACCUUGAUAUUGUAAUCAGUUCUGGCACACAUUGGGUCUGUUAGAGGAAUAUGAAUAAUUAUUGGGAAUAUUUUGAAAGUUUUGGUCUGUUAAUGCCGAAAGAAGUGAGACAGCAUUUGAAUACAUCUCAAAAAUAGUCGAUCUAUUCAUCAGUUCUAUUUCUUGGUAAGGAAUAGUGUAUUGAGUUGGUAUUGGUUCUCGUUUUGUCGCAAUGCAUAUAAAAGGAUAUAAAAGGGAGUAUCUGUUUUAGACAUUAUUCAUAAUGUAAAUUUUAACCCAAGAGACCAUAGAGCAAAUCAUAGAUUCAUCAAAUCAUUUCAAAAAUAUGUAAUCAUAUUAGAAAAUGGUUAAACUACAUUGUGUACGAGAAAAGAAACAAACUGAAACUGUGCCAGGUUCUAAACGUUAUGAAAGAGCCGAAAAUGGUAAACUGAUGUUAAAAUCGACUUAUAAAAACUGUGGUAUCACUAAAACUAAAUUUGUACGACAGGGAAACUUGCAAACCCGUCUAAAGGGGCGGGCAUUUUGAGUUCACUAGACACGGGAACAGAGUUAUUCAUUUCAAAGGAAUACCUUAUUUGGCUAAAAAGAAUACAGAAGCUGCACGAUAUUAUGCAAGUGAAGCCAUUAGAAACCAUAAGUUGCAAAAAAAGGCUAAUUUAUUGUUAUCAACUGAGCUGAUAACGUUAAUUGGCCACUGUAGAGUUUAAAGGCUGACAUUUGCUAACGAAGAGCUAACGCUCGAAACGUCAACCUUUAAACUCUUUGCGGUGGCCAAUUUACGUUUUCAACUCAGUUGAUAACACUAAAUUACCCGGUUAUACUCUCCCACCGACGCACCACAGUUUAUUUAGAAAUUUACCUCCUUUAUGCAAAAAAGGCUGCCGAUUAUGCUUUGGAUAAAGUGAACCCUGUUAUUCAUGAUGUUGGGAAUAAAGCAGUAAAUAAAUUAUCCACCAAAAUUUGACCUUAUGAAAGGUAUAAAUCUGAUAGAAAAGAUCUCCUUAAAAUCUCUGGCGGUCAAAUAAAUCCUUAUGAUUAGAUGGAAAUGUUUUCACCUCAAGGUGUUAACGAUCCUACAAAUCCAUUGUAUCAAAGUGGAGAAGGAAUAAUUGAUAAAAUUUUGGAACAAGCCAGUCCAGCAAAGAGAUUGUCUGAAAGUUGUUGA